UCUUCCUUCUUUCGGCGGCAAAGCGUGCAAAGCUUCGAGUCUAUGCUUUGUACAACAACUAGUUCUGAAGUGUAAUUAUUUUGAACGUGCGAAAAGCAUAUUUUCCUUGAAACAUGAGUUUGCCCCUGAAUCCAAAGCCCUUCCUGAACGGUUUAACGGGAAAACCAGUGAUGGUGAAGCUGAAAUGGGGUAUGGAAUACAAGGGCUAUCUGGUAUCAGUUGACGGAUACAUGAACAUGCAGCUGGCUAACACAGAGGAGUAUGUGGAUGGAGCGCUGGCAGGACACCUGGGGGAGGUACUAAUCAGGUGUAAUAAUGUUCUCUACAUCAGAGGAGUGGAAGAGGAAGAGGAAGAUGGAGAGAUGAGAGAAUGAUGAAGAGCGUCCGACCCCAUCACCUCUCCCCCUUUUGAAUGAUUUAAACCCCCAUCUGAUUCCAUCGGAUUUUUUCCCCUCUCCUUUUUUUCUUUUGGUCAGAGUUUGUCACUAUUUUAUGUGAAGAUUUUUUUUCUGUUGUAAUAUUGUUUAGUGCGAGACUAUUUUUUACACAUUAAGGUCUUUGUGAUGGCACAAAAAGUAAUAAACUUGUGCAUAUUGUACUUUUC